ACUUCGAUUUCCUCAUCCACCUCGACAACCUCCGACCAGCUCUCCUCGCCGGACACUUCAGCAACAAUGGGUCGCCUUCACUCCAAGGGCAAGGGCAUUUCGUCCUCCGCCAUCCCCUACUCCCGCACCGCCCCCGCCUGGUUGAAGACCACUCCCGACCAGAUUGUCGACCACAUCUGCAAGCUCGCCAAGAAGGGUGCCACCCCUUCGCAGAUCGGUGUUGUCCUCCGUGACAGCCACGGUGUUGCCCAGGUCAAGAUUGUUACUGGUAACAAGAUCCUCCGUAUCUUGAAGUCCAGCGGCCUCGCUCCCGAACUCCCCGAGGACCUUUACUUCCUGAUCAAGAAGGCCGUCGCUGUCCGCAAGCACCUUGAGCGCAACCGCAAGGACAAGGACUCCAAGUUCCGCCUGAUUCUGAUCGAGUCCCGCAUUCACCGUCUGUCCCGUUACUACAAGACCGUCGGUGUCCUGCCCCCCACCUGGCGUUACGAGAGCGCCACCGCCUCCACCCUUGUCGCGUAAGCGUAGACACAGUGUGUUGGUUUGUGGUUUUGGAGGAUCGUUCGUGGAGCAACAAUGCUGGGUUGUGCCCAGGAUUUUGAUUUCAUGGGCUAGAUACGCCAGAUAAAAAGAAGACUAUUACGAGUUAUACCCCUUUCAUGUUUCAAGA